AAGCGCUGGCGCAGCUUCGCGUGGCCGGGGGUGCCUACAACGUCGAGCAGUCGCCCCGUCGGGAGUUGCGACCCCGCGCUCCUCUCCUUGCCGGACGUCAGUACCGCCCCUGUGCCGCUGGCCGACGCGCGGGGGGAGGGCGGGCAAGCCAAGGUCGAACAGUUCGUUCUGCAGAGCUUGAUGGAUCCGAGCGAGGCCGAAGCCAGGCUGAGGCAGAGCUCUAUACCUGUUCCCUACUCUGACCCUCUUCUCCGUGAUCAGCGGCGCUGGUCCAGUUAUGUUCAGUUACUGCACGAGCGGCACCUAGUCGACUUCAGCCUUGAGGACGGCGUUCGAGCCGAGAUUUUCUUUGUGAAGAAAAAGGGGGGCCGCCUUCGCAUGGUGGCGGACUGCCGGCGCUCCAACGAGGUGUUCACCGAGCCCUUGGGCGCGCGGCUCGCGACGGGCGACGCCUUUGGCAUGCUCGAGAUGGCGGCGGACGACUCGCCCCUGACGGUGGAGGGCGCCGACCUGAAGGACGCCUUCUACCACCUGGAGCUCCCCGAGCAGCUCCGUCCGUGUUUCAGCCUGCGACCUGUGCGCGCGGGCGUCCCGGGCAUCAAGGAGGUCGGCGGGGUCGCUGUCGGAGCCUCCACCAAGCUCUACCCGCGCCCCAGGGUCGUGCCCAUGUGUUGGUCGUGGGCAACGUGGUGGUGUCAGUCGGUGAUGGAGCGAGUGGCAGAGGCAGCAGGCUGUGGCGAUGACGCACGACUUCGAGAUGGCAGGCCCGCUCCCUCGCACGUCCCAUCGUGUCACCUAGAGUACGUCGACAACUUCGUGAGCAUCGGCUACGACGCGGAGGCGGUUCGGUCCGCCGUGACUCGUGUCAUGACGGAGCUCAAGCGACGGGGCUUGGUGGUGACCAGGGAGGAGAACCUCGGUGACAGCGAGGGCGAGUAUGCGGUGCUGGGUUGGUCCAUCACUGCGGCAGGGCGUCUCUCGGUGUCGGCUUCGAGGUUGAGGGUGCGGUUAGCCGUGCGUGGUCUUCUGCGCCGUGGUCGUGCCAGUGGUCGUGACCUCGAGCGCGUACUGGGCCACAUCAUCUUCGUCACUCUCGUUCGUUGUGAGGGCUUAAGCAUAUUCGAGGCGAGUUUCCGCUUUGUCCAGAAGUGCUACCACCACCAGGUGCCGCUCUGGUCUCAGGUCAGGCAGGAGCUCAUGGCCUGGGAUGGCGUCGCUCCUUUGCUGUGGCGUGAUCUCCGUGCCCAGUGGUCGUGUUCCGUCGGCUGCGUAGACGCCCCCCCUUGGGGGUUGGGCGCCUGCGAGGCUGAUUGGGACGUCGGCGCUGUUCGGGAGGUUGGUCGUCAUAGCGAGCGGUGGCGCUAUGGCAGGGCUGAGCGCUUGCCUCCUCGUCGCCGGGCCCUUGCCGCUGAAUGUGCCGCCGGCGGGGUCGCAGCCUGUGACCUGGGGAUCGUAGCGGCCCAGCUCGAUCCUGGCUGUCCAGCGGAGGACAGUCAGCCCGUCGGCCCGCCUGUGGAGCGCGACCUGCUCGCCUUUCCCGAGGUCUCGAAUAAAUAUCUGGACAAGUCGUUGUGGCGUGUCACGGGACGUGAACCCAGUUUCCCUGCUGCUGUCAUUCUAAAGGAGGGCCUCUGCACGACCCCGAAGUACAAGGUCGGCCUGGACCCUGAAGAGGGCGAGGCUCGCGAGCGGCCAGCCGCGGCUACGAGCUUGCCGCCGGCGGGAGCCACCCUGGUCCGUGGGGCUCGCAGGGCUGGCCCGCAGACGGCGACGCUGCCAGUGCUCCAGGGCUCGCCCGCGAGCCGCCAGGGCUCGAGCGGUGGCCCCACGCCGCGGCAGCGGGCUCGGCUGGUCCAGCCGCCAGCGGGCAUGCCAGAGCUCAGUGCGGCGUCCGUGCGCUGGGCGACGGAGCGUCAUGCUUACCUCUCGAUGCUGGUGGGUUUGGGCGACUGGACGAGACAGCACCUGCGGGCCAUGCAGGAGCUUGCCCAGAUGGACCGAGCCGUCUGCGACUACGUCAGCCAGCUCGUCGAGCGGGGGGAUCACCAGACCUGCGCCGACCUUGUGAUAGCAGCGCUGGCAUGGCGCGAUCCGCGCUAUGCCAGGUCGGGCCAGUCCGAGCUGCCGUUGUCCAAGCAAUCCGCCAAGGUGUGGCGCCUUCUGGCCCCGGCUCGCAGCCGCAGGGCCUUUCCGUACGAGGUCGUCGCCAAGGUGGUCUACGGCGUGCUCCAUGCAGUCGACCAGUGCAGUGUGGCCACCGCAGAGCGUGGGGCGGUCGCCGCCCUCGGCCUCCGCAAGCUGGGUGCCUGCCACGGCCUCCAGCUCCGCCGCUCAGGCCCAAGCCACGACCACGCAGCGGGGCUGCGCGACCUGGAGCAGAUCAGGCGGCGUGGGUGCUGGAGGAGCUGGGGCUCAGUCCGCUGGUACGGAAAAGGAGGCCGCCUGACCGAGCAGCCGCACCAAUUAGGAGGGCUGCAGCGAGAGCACGCGGAGGGCUGCGCUCGCUUGCUGAGCCGUGCGUCGCACGGCCGGCCCUCAGCAUUGGUGCCGGUCUGCCCGACCCGCCAGUGA